AUGGCACAUGUUACAGUCAUUCCUGUCCUGCUGAUAUUUAGCUUUUUCCAGCAUAAGACACUGUUUUCCACAAUCCUGGCAAGUGGACAAGAAGACAUAAAGGAUGCACGUAGGCUGCAUAAUGUUCUGUGGACCACCAGGGAUGAUUCAAGAGUUAUUUUGUCCUGGAAAAAUAACUUGACAAAAGAAGAAACCAAGAACUUCACUGUGAAGUAUAUUUUGAUUUAUAAGUUCUUCAAUACCACUAAGGAAAGGAAAGAAAGACUGCAGGAGAAGGAAAAGAUAAUACAUCUUAAAUUAUACUCUGGUUUUAAUGCUAAAGUUAAGACACAACUUUUUGCAAAAGAAACAGAAGACAUAAUUAAGGAGAGUGACUGGACAGAAUUUACUUACAAGGCACCUCCAGUCUACAUUCAGAAUCUUUCAUGCAUCAUAUAUAACAUUUCUUUUUUCAACUGCACCUGGCACAUCAAAGCAGAAGCUCCUGAAGAUAUCCAGAUUUUUACCUCAUACAGACAUAUAGGAAAAGUUUUUGUAUGCCAGCAAUAUAUAAAAAAUACAAGGAAGAAAAAUAUUGGAUGCCAUAUGAAAGAAAUACAUUUCCAGCCAUCAAGGAAAAUAAGUUUAAAUAUAACUGUGAGAAAUUUGAGAAACAGUUCAAGUGAACUGUCUUAUUACCAAGCUUUCACACCUCAGACAAUUGAGAAGCUGAACCCACCAAUCAAUGUCUCAGUUUCCCUUGAAAACAGAAGUAUUGAAAUUCACUGGAAACCUCCACCCACUAUUGGUUCAGCAAAGAAAAAAUGUUUUUUGUACCAAGUGAAAAUAACAGACCGUAAGAUUGUAAAUGUCACUGAAGAGAACUAUAAGUAUCCAUUUCAUAAGUCAGCAAAAAAAUAUGCAGUACAAGUGAGAGUAAAGAAAGAGAUUUGCAUAGCAAACAAGAUCUGGAGUGAAUGGAGUGAACCAGUAUUUAUUCACGAUGAAAAGACAGUGGAUAUCCUCCUGCUAAGCCUCACAUUGUUUUGUCCUCUGGUUUUCCUUGGAGGUUUGCUGAUAUAUGCAUGUAGAAGGUAUAGAUGCCUAGAAGCUAUAACCACACCUGUUCCACGUCCUUCAGAUAAGAUCACAACGUGGUUAGCAGAUGAGAUUUACCACCAGGAACAUAUGUCAAUGCAAAUGGAGAUGCACUCAGAGGUUACUUUGGGAACAACAGAAGAGAACAGAGAUGAGAACAUUCAACUACAGAAAUGUUUGAAGGAAUUAGUGUUAGAAGACCUAUAG